CCUCUCGCCGGGCCGUUGGAGGCGGAGCCGGAGCCACCGCAUGGGCCCGCGGCGGCCGCCCUGGGCCCGUCCGGGGCUGGGGUUGAGGCUGCUCCUGCUGGCGCUGGCCGGGGCGGUGCCGGCCGCAGGUGGAAGCUGUAGCUUUCUGGAAGAGGGGAAUGCCAUCCAGAAACUGCAAGAAGACUGCUUUUGUUACGUGCAAAACAGAAUCAUGCACUUACAGUACAUUUGGUCAACUUUGCAGGUAAAAAUAAACAGCACAAAAACAUUCAGGUUUGUGCCUACUCCAGAAAAAAGCAACUGUCAGAAUUCAGAAACUGUGUUCGAGUUUGCUGCCUGUGCUGUUCAAAUAUUCUGGCAACCAGAGACAUCUACAGAAACUCUCUUAAAGGUAAAGCAAUAUGGAGAGGACUUCUGCUUCAGAAUACAGCCCUUCCAGGAAGAACUGUACACUGUGAGCAUAACACGAGAAAUGCUAGAUGGAAAGCUCUUGUUUUUGUUUGUAGCUGGAAUUUUUCUGUUCCAUUUUGCAAACAGUCUGAGCAGGAGCACCAACUUCUUUUACCUGUCUGGAAUAAUACUGGGCAUUCUUGCUCUGUUAAUUUUUGUCCUGCUGGCACUUAAAAGAUUUAUUCCAAGGCGCAGCACCUUCUGGAUACUAUUGAGUGGCUGCUGGAUGUCCUCUCUCUAUCUUAUCUACUGUUUCAAAGAGAAUAUGCGGUGGUUGUGGUCUGAACACAGGAUCUACUUGUUGGGGUACUUUGUGGCUGUUGGAACUAUCAGUUUUGCCACUUGCUAUCAGCACGGACCGCUUACCAGUGAACUGAGUAUAACCUUGUUCACGUGGACACUGCAGUUAACAGCCUUUGUUUUCAUUUACUGUGGUGUCACCAUACCUCAAGUUGCAUAUGCAGUAAUAGCAGCCAUGCUGUGCUCCAAAGGCCUGGGUUAUCCCCUUGGUGCUGCCUGGCACAUAGGCAGAAAAAUGAAGAAUCACUUUCAAUCAAAAAAGUUAGUGGUCAGAUGCCUUACUGAAGAAGAAUAUCGAGAACAAGGUGAAACAGAAACUGUCAGAGCUCUGGAGGAGCUGCGCUCGUUCUGCAAGAACCCUGACUUCUCAUCAUGGUUGGCAGUAUCCAAACUCCAGUCCCCACACAGGUUUGCAGGUUUUGUUUUGGGAUCUCCCCACGUCUCACCUGCAGAAACAAAGGCACACGAUGAGGAAUACGGCAUUGGGAGCUCCUUCCUGGAAGAGCAGCUCUUUGAGACGAGGACAGAGUCUGACCAAGAUGAGACAACCAGCUACAUCCACGAAGAAGACCAUGAGAAUGAAGAUGAAAUACAUGAACAGAUUUCAUUUCCAUAUGCUACUGAGCUGCUCUGAGCUUUGGAAAUUACCCUAAAAAAGGGAGAGAGGGGAAAACACAUUCAUCCUGCAAAGGAAGGUUUGCAGACCAAGAACUCACUUCUGGUGAUUUCUUGUGGAUGCUUGGGGACAAACAAGUAUUUUUCAAAAACAGUUUCCUGCAUCACUGAUAUUGCACAAUUAGAGCAACAGAAAGAAACCACAGGGACUGCUCAAGCGAAGAGGAUGUCACACUAUCAGUGCUUGAACUGGGAAGCGUUGCUUAUUUCCAAAGCAGGUACAGACAGCAGCCUGUCCCACCACAAUGCCUUCCUUUGCCAAGGAUACUACCUCUAAACGACAGAGCAUCUAGGCCCUGCUCAUUGUCAAGUCCUCUGUGCUGAGCACUAGAGGGAGAGGAAGCCAUUAUUAGAGCUCUAUUUUCAUGAAGUACCCUAAAUAUUAGCAAAUUUAAUAAUGUUCUUAGUUUGCUGAUAAUCACUUUACUGCUCAUCUGACUUUUCAGUGAUAGAGAUCCACAGGUUUAACACAGCUGAGUGACAUUUGUUUGCUCUUCUGGCUCAGCUUGCUAUCUGCUAGCUUCACUUUAACCUCCCCCUUUUGUUCUAAGCUCCUCUUACUUUUUAAACUCCUGCCUCAUUUUUCACCCAUCUGCUUUUAAUUGUUGUAUUCCUGGACUCUGCACUGUGGUCCUGCUGUACCUUGUUCUUUACACGUCUUCGUUUCCUCGCACACUCUUCUUCCCCAUUCCACAGGCCUUUCCUUCUCCAUCUUUGACAACUGCAGGUGGUCCCCCUGGUUCAUCCACCUGCAGAGAUCAUUCUCUUUAUUUCUUCAGACUGACCCCUUGUCCUCAUUUCACUGUUUUCCUUUGCUGUCUCCAGACUGCAGAGAGCACCAGACCGUUAAUUCUCUCAUCAUCUGCAGAACGUAUCAGCGGUUGAAGGGCUGCCUUCUUAAUGUGCCCAGAGAUGCAGCAGGACCUCAGCAGUGUGAGUUUCCCUACUGUCUAUCUCUGGUCAAGGGAGAAAACAUGCUGCCUCUCUAAUAGUACUGCAUUCUGAGAGCUCCUCUGCAUAAAACAUGACCCAGUCUCUGUUUGAAAGCAUCAUUUAGAUAGCCCCUCCUUCAGUUGCUCCAAGAUUGCUUCAUUGUGGAAAGAAGUCUUCCACUGUACAGUCAAGAGACACCUAACUCCUUUUUGUGGCAUAUAUGCAUGUUCUGUAGCAUGUUUAAGGGAGAGAAACUGUGUCAAGCAGGUGCUUCAAACUACGUUCGCUUGGAAGUCCACAAUAUUAAAAUAAAAAUAACUAAAUAACAAGAGAACUCUGUUCAGAAAGGCCACAACCAUUAAAAACCACCCUAAGAGAGGUUGCUACUACCAAAUCCAGUGGAAUUAGCAGCCACACUCAGAAGGCAGGAUUGCCCAGGUGGGCACUGUCUCUGGUAAGGAGUUAUUUUCUGUAAGAAAUAACUUUGUCUCUUUUUAGCUGGCCAUAUCUUCCAUCCAUAUAAUUUGAGGCCAAGCAGGAGAAUCAGAUUCAUCCUAGCUUAAACCCAUAACUUCUUUGCAAUUCCUUCCACUAUUGCAGCAGAAAUGAUCCUCUUGUAAGUAUAUUGUAUGUAUACUUCUUACACAGUAGUCAGAAACUACAUUAAAAUAACCUUUUACUUACAUGAUAACUAAAUGGAAAAGCCCAAACAAAGUGGGCAGUGACAUUUGUCAGACACUUUCCCUUUUGCUGAAUUGUUAAAGGGCAACACCAGGUACAUCCAUUCCAAAGGGGGUGGGAAGGAAGCAAACAUUUUCUUGUAGUUCCAAAAUUCAACAUGUGGGUAAAUACUAUCCAAAGUGGAGCAGGGAACCACUAAGGCCAUCCAAAGCAGAAGUGCAGCAGCAUACCAGAAAGAUGACUGCUUUAGUGCAGCUGAUACUGACCUUAAAAAUCCUCCCCAGUCUGUUCUAACAUGGGAAGCAUUUCACAAACAAAGCCUUCCAAAAUCAACUGCUGUCCCUCUAGCCCUUUGCCAGCAGUGAGUUUACUUGCUCAGCGGUGCUCUGAUGCAUGGAGAUUACAUAGAUGAACAGAAACCAUACCAGUAAGUGUUAUCCAGAGUUCAAAUGGAAGAUCUGGGAACAGAAUCUUGAUGUUAAUCCACUGCCUUACCUAUGAUAGAAGCCUACUGUCCUUAACAAAGGAUGAGUUAUGUUUAUCUCCUGUUUCACCAUGUUAAGAGUUAAAAUGUUGUAUUUGUUUUGUAUUCGUGGUGCACCAUUCUCACCUACUGUCUUUUACUUUCAACAUUUUUAAAUAAAAGUACUUUUCCAAGA